AUGAAGUUCGUGCUUAGUCUUGCUUGGCUAUUGCAGCUAUCACUCGUUAAGGGUGCGACAAUCCGUAGCCCACAGCCCGUCUCAUACGAGGGCUACCAGGUCCACCGCCUCCGAGCUACUGGAUCGCGGUAUGCAUCAGCGAAGCGAGCUCUGACGGCCAUUCCUCAUGAGACUUUGAACGAAGCUCGUGGAACCUGGGAUGUUCUCAUUGCACCCGAGCAAUUGGACGCCUUCAACGCACUAGGGCUCAAGUCCCGAACUCUGCACGAGAACCUAGCUCAUUCUAUCGCCCGGGAGUCUCACGUCAAGAAGGCCUGGAAGAGGCAAUCAAACGGAUCCGAAGAUGCGUGGUUUGACAGCUACCAUCCAUACGAAGACCACAUUACCUGGUGGCGCGAUCUGCAAGAGUCGUUCCCAGAGCAUUCGAACUGGACGAGCACUGGAACGUCUUAUGAGGGACGCGACUUGUUCGGCGUUCAUUUCUGGGGAGCUGGUGGUCCUGGAAAACCUGCAGUCAUCUAUCACGGUACUGUGCAUGCCAGAGAGUGGAUCACUGCACCCGUCAUUGAGUAUAUCGCGAAGCAGCUCGUCGAUGGAUACAAGGCAGGUGACAAUGAGACGCAAGCCGUCCUGGACAACUACGACUUUUACUUGUUUCCUUUCGUCAACCCUGAUGGCUUCGUCUUCUCUCAAACGGACAACCGCUUAUGGCGCAAGAGCCGUCAACCACCACCAGAGAAUGCCGCAAAUCAAACGUGCUUUGGUCGUGAUUUGAAUCGUAACUGGGAGACGAACUGGGAUGCUGACCCGCGCGGAGCUUCGCCGGACCCAUGCUCGCAAACCUACAGAGGAGAGGCACCCCGCGACACGCCCGAAAACCGAGGCAUGGACAAUCUGAUUCGCAAGAUUCGUGAUGAGCAAGGCAUCAAGCUAUAUAUUGAUUGGCACAGCUACUCUCAACUUAUCUUGUAUCCAUUCGGCCACAAGGAAACUCUCUAUGCGCCAGAGCUCGGCAUGUGGACCAAAGCCGCUGCUUUGAUGAGCGAAAACAUCCGCUACUACUCGACCAAUGCAACCACUUACGUCUUCGGACCUAGUGGAGCGACCUUGUACCCGACAACUGGUGCAUCGAUCGACCAUGUCUACACCAUUGGUCGCGCCAAGUUUUCCAUGACCAUCGAACUACCCGACACUGGUGACUUUGGUUUCGUUCUACCUCCGGAGAGAAUCAGACCUGCAGCUGAGGAACAGUGGGUUGGUCAACAGGUGCUCCUCAGUCUGCUGGAUGAGGAGUUCUUCGAUGGCGAUGGCCCAGCGAUUGGUGCCUUGGGUACCACCUGGUAG